AUGUUUGCUUCAAAAUCCAGUUCCGUGUCCCCUUCUCCGUCCAUGGAGCAGGCAGAUUCAGAUGCUCUGGACAUCAGCACCAAAGUGCAGCUGUACGGCGUGCUCUGGAAGAGACCUUUCGGGAGGCAGUCAGCCAAAUGGUCCAGGAGGUUCUUCAUCAUUAAGGAGAGUUUCCUGCUUUACUAUGCUGAGAGCGAGAAGAAGAGUUUUGAAAGCAAUAAAUACUUCAAUAUCCACCCCAAGGGUGUCAUACCCCUGGGAGGCUGCAUCGUGGAGCCCAAAGAAGAGCCCAACAUGCCUUAUGCUAUAAAGAUCUCUCAUGAAGACUUCCACGGUAACAUUGUUCUAGCAGCCGAAUCAGAGUUUGAGCAGGCUCAGUGGCUGGAGAUGCUACAGGAGUCUGGAAAAGUGACCUGGAAGAAUGCCCAGCUGGGAGAAGCCAUGAUUGAGAGCUUGGAAGCCCAAGGACUGCAGCUGGCCAAGGAGAAACAGGAGUAUUUAGAUAAGCUAAUGGAAGAAACAGAAGAGCUGUGUUUGCAGAGGGAGCAAAAAGAGGAACUCGAGCGUCUGAACCAGGUCCUGGAAGCAGAGAAGCACCAGUUUGAAGAGGUGGUGCGGGAGCUGCGGCUGGAGCAGGAACAGAUCAGACGGGAGCUAGAGCUCACAGCCCACUCCCUUAAAGGAGUGGAGGAAGAAAAGAAAGAGUUGGGAAGCCUGACACAGUCCUUACAGAAAACCCUAGAGGAGCUCUCCUUGGAAAAGCAGCAAAUGUUGGAGAUGCUGGAAGAAAAUGAGAGCCAGCUCCCACCUCCAACGAGCCCCAGCAAGGAGCAAAGCCCCAUCUGGGGACUGCACUGCAGCCUGCGACAGAUCGAAGAGAAGAUGCAGCAACUUCUGGAGGAGAAACUCCUGGCAGAGAAGAGGAUGAAGGAGAAUGAGGAGCGGUCCCGAGCACUGGAGGAGGAGCGGGAGUUUUACUCUUCCCAGUCGCAAGCGCUGCAGAACUCACUCUCGGAGCUGACCGCGGAGAAGCAGCAGACGGAGAGAGACCUCAAGGCUGAGGUGAAGGUGCGCAUGGAUCUGGAGAAGAGACUGAGAGAAGCUGAGGAAGCGUUGCAGAGCUUGGAGCAAGGCUUAAAUUCUCUGGAUUGCAACAAGGAGAAAGAGGAGAAGAUGAAAGCAGAUGUCAGUAACUUGAGAA